GCACUUGUAUUUAACAAAUUAAUAAAGUGAUCGGGAAACUGUGUUCCGGUCACAAUAACGCCCACUUUCCCCGCCUGGGACCCAAUCAAGUAAAAAUGACAACAUCAGCAUUUAAAAAUCGGCGUAACAACGCAUCGCCAAGUGACGCGGAAGCUGAUGGUCGGAUCGUCAACGAUGCCAAUUCUGCACAUCUGGAUCAUACAAUGGAGAAAACAGAUUCGGAAGAAGAUGCUUGGUCAUCAACUGGUUAUGAUUAUAUCAAUCCAUUUGUACAUCGACUACAGAUUGACAAUAGAAUCGAUUUGGCGAAGGUUUAUGUGCUAACAGUGCUUUUGUUACCAAUUCGCGUUGUCGGCUGUGUUCUCUCUCUACUAUCUGCGUGGAUGUUUGCCUGUAUUGGCCUCUAUGGCCUAACAUUGGAUGAACUAAUGUCAAAACCAAUAACCGGUUGGCGAAAACAAUGUCAACGCGUAACCUCUGGUGCUAUGCGCACACUCUUUGCUGCUGGCACUUUUAUGCAUAUCAAAUUGACUGGCGAGCGUGCAUCACCCAAACAAGCACCCAUUAUGGUCGUGGCACCGCACUCCUCUUAUGUGGAUUCGAUUAUUGUUGUAGCAACUGGACCACCGUCAAUUGUGGCUAAGCGCGAAACAGCCGAUAUACCACUGCUAGGCAAAAUCAUCAAUUUUGCUCAACCCAUUUAUGUGCAGCGCGAGGAUCCGAAUUCGCGUCAAAAUACGAUACGUCAAAUUGUACAACGCGCACGUUCCGAGGAUGAAUGGCCUCAAGUUGUGAUAUUUUCCGAGGGUACAUGCACUAAUCGAAAGGCGUUGAUUAAAUUUAAGCCUGGAGCUUUUUAUCCGGGGGUGCCGGUACAGCCGGUGUUGUUGAAGUACCCCAACAAAUAUGAUUCAUUCACAUGGACAUGGGAUGGACCUGGCGUCCUCAAGCUACUUUGGCUGACGAUGGCGCAAUUCUAUAGUCGUUGCGAAAUCGAAUUUUUGCCUGUCUACACGCCAUCAGAAGAGGAAAAAGCUGAUGCAAAUUUAUAUGCACAAAAUGUGCGCGAUGUUAUGGCGAAAGCACUCGGUGUGCCAACGUCAGAAUAUUCAUUCGAAGAUGUGAUUACAAUGAGUCGUGCCAAAGAUAUGCGUGUGCCCUACCCUGGUGAUAUUAUCGAAAUUGAACGUGUGCUUUACAGUUUGGGCUUCCUACCGGAUUCCGAACGUGACCAAGAAUUAGUCGCUGAUUUCCUUAGCUUACACAAUACUGACCGAUUAGACAUAUUUACUUUUGCUGAAUUGCUGCAACUCGAUGCCAAGAGUACGCAUCUACACCAGCUUUUUGCACUUUUAGAUCAUCAUCACAAUUACACAGUCAGCUUGAAGAGUUUUCUGUUAUGCUCACAAUUUUGUAAAUUAAAGAAUGAAGAGAUCAUCGUAUUUUUGCGUGCUAUAACGAAUCUCUACGCUGAGUCGUCACAAAGUAUUACCCGCCAAAGUUUUGCACGUAUUCUGAGACACACGGGAAAAAUGACGCCCGAAAAGUGUGAUGCAUUGUUUUUUGCAAUCGAUCAUACGAACAAAGGCUGCAUUGCGUUCGAGGACUUUGAGCGCUACACCAAGGAUCAUCCACAGUACAAGUUCCUUUAUAAGAAACAGGAGCAUCUACGAAGAACGCAAGCAGCUGGCAAUGUAAAGAAAACGAAUUAAAAUCAAGGACAAAACAAGAUGAUAAAGAAAUAAAAGAAUAACGCUUUUUUAUGCGACCUUGAGGGUGUAUGUGUGCGUGUGUAUGACAGAGUUGACAUGAUUUUUGAGCGCGAAAAAUGCAUUUCAUAAGGGUAAUGGAUUUUUGAAUUACAAAAUCCGAUGUAUUUACAAAAACCAAACAUUAAUUGUAUUUAUUUCAUUUCGAUUGUUUAAGAACUUCAUAAAGCUAUUGCUUAAGAAAGUAAAAAGUAAAACUGCUUCUAAUAUUGUAAAAUAAUGAUUUUGCAAAAAAAAUAAGGGGCAAAAAAUGCAAAUUUCAUUUUUAAAACCAGUGUAUAUGUUUGCAUUCAUAUAAACUGUUUGAACGUUUAAAAUGACAAUCUGAUCGAAGAGAAGACAAAUUUUCUUUCUAAGCAACAUAGCUGCAAAUCGUGCGCUGAUAUAGCUACAUAAACAUAUGUAGGGAGAUUAUAAGGACGGGCCAACAACAAACCUUAACCACCUAAAAAUGCAAAAGAAUAAUUUAUACUAUUCAGUCAAAUAUUGUACACACUCUCAUAUAAAGGCAUUCAAGUUUCUUAUAAUUAAAUUUAAAAUUUUGUUUGCUAUCUGCUUCAUGUAACGUAGCUUUAAAAAUUAAUGCCAUAAAGUAAUAGAAGUAGAAAUAAUCUAACAAUGAUAUUUAAUUGUUUACUGAGUAUAUUUAAUGUCAAUUUUAUUAUACGUUAAAUAUAUGCUUACAGUGUAUUAGAUUCUAGCAAUGUAGGCGUGUGUAUUUAUAUAUGUAUGUAUGCAUAUAUGUAUGUAUAAUUAUUUAUUAGAGUUAUUGUUAAGAAACCCUUAAGUAUGCAUUCAAGCACUUAACAAUAAA